GCCAGCCACACUGGCACUCAGUACGAGGGAACUCAAGCCGAGCCGCGUCGAGGUGUGCACCCUGUGGCCCCAGGCUCCCCAGGCACCGCCGACCACCCCAGUGCCAGGUGACUGUUACACGCAGCCGUUAAUCCUCGGAUGGGUUUGGGGCGCCAGGAAAUCCACAAAACCCCAGUCAGUGGUCACCAUGUUUCAGUUCAACUUUAAUGUGAAUAGUGAAGCUGAGACUGAUCCUCAGACUUUGGGAGGUGAGCACGGAGAGACUGUGCAGGUGUGGCUUCCAGCUCAAAAACAUGAGAUCACUCACUCUCAUUUGCUUGAUCCAUCUGAUGUCAUAGCGGAAAUUACUCUUUGUAAAACAAAAAUGAAGUAUCUGACCAUGAGUUCAGCACUUAAGAAGCUGCAAGAGAAAGAGACAGCAUGCAACUUGUCCACAGUUUUAGACAAACACUCUGAUCUUGUACCUGCUGUCUAUGAAGGGGGCCUUACAAUAUGGGAGUGCACCUGGGAUCUUCUAAAUCAUUUAGCAGACAUGGACAUAAUUUUUAAAAAUAAAAGAGUGCUAGAGAUAGGCUGUGGGGCUGCACUACCAGCAAUCUUCUGUGCCCUCCAUGGAGCUCACAUCACCUUGCAAGACUAUAAUGAAGAGGUUGUGAAUUUUGUGACCAUACCAAAUGUUGCACUGAACCUGUAUAACAAGACCUCAAGAAAUGCCAGUGCUAAAGAUGAACAUCUUACCGAGUCUUUAUCCUCCAAAGCCACAUUUUAUUCUGGGGACUGGGCUGCUGUUAACCAGCUAUUAUCAAGUCAAUGUGAAUAUGAGAACGAACAAACAGAAAAUAUUAGAAAGGAUGCAGAUGGUGAAGAAAGAAAAUUUGACUUAAUAUUAACUUCGGAAACCAUCUACAACCCCAGCUGUCACAAGAAGUUGUUGGAUCUUAUGACAGCACAUUUGAAGCAUGAUGGACUCAUAUUAUUAGCUGCCAAAACACAUUAUUUUGGUGUGGGUGGAGGAACACAACAGUUUGCAGAUCUUGUAAAGACUCAAGGUCAACUAGAUGUUCAUUUCAUCACCUCAAACAACUCAGGUGUUAAAAGGGAGAUAAUUCAGAUGAAGUUUAAGAACUGAACAACAAAAGACAGAAAUGAGUUCUUUUGUUCUUCAACAUAAUAUUAAACAGCAAGAUGAGUAUGGAGUUAUGAUUUGAAUAAAGCAUUGAAUCAAGAA